AGGAAAAUGAAUCUUCGGAUAAUUCUGUGCGUUGUAUUCACCCUUGCCACCUUAGCGACUGCCAGAUCACCCAAAAAGGCAACGACUCGUCAAGGUAAGUGCAUAACGUAAUGAAACAAAGGCAAACAGAGAAUCACAGUUGGUUCAAUUGGAGUAACGCAUUAGCCGACGAACCAGUUUCAAGAAAAGGAAAAACGCCAAGCGGAAGCGGUUGACAGUUAUCAAGUGAAAAUUUAGUCCAAGCGUUUAAGAAAACAUGAAAACGUCUUUUUGGUGGUUAUCUUGGUCUUUCACUUAUAAAAUUUCAAAAUAUUUUCAGAUAUAAGCAAAAUGUAAGGUCUUUCAAUGUCUAGACUGUAUUUGACAACAUUGAAACUGGUUUUUCCAGUUUAGAGAUUCUCCAGGAGCCAGAUCCUUGACAGAGAUCAGAUUAUCUAGUGAUUUGAAAAACUUUGAAACUUUUUGACGGUUAAUAUUAAUCUACAUUUUUUGACGGUUGACGGCAAAAAAUAUUACCUUUCGCGACGGUUGACGGUUAACUCCAUUGAGAGCCUCUUAUAGAAGAUGUGACCACGCGAUGUCGAUGUCGACAGAGCUUUCUUCUUUUUAUGGUCUUGGAUAGAGUCCAUAAGCACUCAUCUCCAGCAGCAAAAUUCUGCCUACAGAUAAAACUUUACCGAGGCUGAGCUAUGUAGGCGGGAUAGGGUUUGAAAAAACACAAAGUUAUUUUUUAAAUGACGCAUUUUCGCUGCUGUCGUCAUCAUGGAUGCUUUAUCUCCCCAUUAAGAAAUUCCUCAUGAAGUCGUCAACUCGGUGGAAACCUCUGAUAAUAAGCGUGUAACUAUUAAACAAAAACUUAUCAUAAUCCUUGUAAACUUAAUCAUCAAAACUUGCUUUAGCUAGUAGAAGGACCAGUACCGCAGAUACAGGUGGCUUCUGCUGAUAGUUUGACAUAAAGGGGUUGCCCACCUCAGUUUCCCGCCUCCCCCAACACCGCGAAACGAAAAAAAAGGAAAAGGGGAUUAUUUUAUAGUUGUAAAGGUACAACUUUGUUCAGUAAGUUUAGAAGGUGUUUAAAGCCACUAUGCCUCAGUGGGUGAUAUGAUCCGUUGGAGCGCGUGUCAUUUCGUAAGAAGGUCACCGUACUUACAUGAUUGACAGUUAUGUUUGAUGACUGACGCAGCUGAAUUUUCCUUUCGUAUAUAAAGUCAAUAAUACGCUUUUCCCUAGCACAAAUUUAUCGUAAAGAAUGCUGAAUUCUUACUGUGAGUUUUAAGGAUACUGAGGAAAAAUCUCCCUUUAUUUGGCGAAGGCACUUUCGAGGAUCAAAGUUAUUACGCGUCUUUAAUAAGAUAUCCUUAUCGACACAAUAUUAACUAAAUACAACUGGACUACAACUGGAGCAGAAAAAGAGAUCAGAGACGGCAAAUAAAUAAUAUGACGAAUCGCUUCCAUCGGGAUUUUUAGAGCUCAUAUAGUGCAACAUACCAAUGACAUAGAUCUAAAUACUGUUUGUCACCUAACCCUAGGUUUUCAAAUGCUAUUUUCCGCACAAUCUUAAUCUUACUGCGGAGCAAGUUCAAAUGACCGCAGCAAUCCAAGGAUCGAACUUCAUUACGCCUAGGUUACGUGUCGCUGAGUUUCACAGCAAGAGUAUCAUUAUACAACUUUCUAGCUUCCCUAUCGUCUGUCCAAACAAUAAUCAAGUAUUGCUUUCAAAGUUUAACUCCAAUACUUACAAAGUAUAGCUUAUAAAUAUGUCUGAAGAACGAGUGUCAAUCUAGACUAGCAACACCACUAAAAGAAAGCAAUAAAACAAGGGCCCAUCAAAAGUAUGAGUAUUGGUAGAUCGAGUUAUAUUUAAUUACUAUAUGGUGAAAAUCGCUAAAGGCUCUUGACGGAAAAGAAUUACGCACAAGUGUGUGACAAUUACUACGUUAUUGCUGCUUAUUUCAAACUAACUCCAUGAGAACUUACAUGUCUGUUCUUUGCAUUUAAGGUUAAAAAGUAUGACAAGAGACUUGCAACUAGUCGUAAAGUCUUCUUAACACAAACGACAAACGUACCUUUGCCUCGCCGAAUUUUCCAUGUUGUUUUGUUUGUUUGUUCGUUUGUUUUUUGGCAGGCCCCAGUCAGCAGAAAAAGAGGCAUUAUAAGCAAGAAAGAGACACUUCAGGUAGAAAAUUUCUUUUACGGUACAGUUCAUGGUACAGUUCACAUGAAGAAUGAUAUGUCUUGAAUUCUAUAGGAAUAUUUUAAGCCACAUUUUACUUAAAACAAGUGGCUGUUUUUAUUAACGUCUAGCGUCAAAAAAGUGCUGUGUGAACCCAAACGACCAAACAGAAAAGCCCAACUGUGUUACCCCGCCAGUACCACCAUGUCCAGCAGGAGCAACAGGAGGUCCUGCAAUUACUGCACCUUCGCCAGUACAACCAGGACAAGCCGGAUCACCGGGUGGUGCUGCAACAACAACGUCAACGGAAGAACCAGGAAAACCGGGAGGUGCCCAGGGUCCUGCACCAACACAGCCACCACAACAAACGCCGGCGGCAUCACUAGUUCCCGCACCGAGUUCAGUAGAAAGGAAACCUGAAACGCCUUCGUCUGCCACACCGCCACCAGGACAAUCGGCAGCUGUUGAGAGUACAACAACAAAACCUCCGCAACAAACGGAACAACCAGGAUCUCCGGCGGGUCCCACAACACAGCCACCACCUGUGGAACAAACAGUACAACCAGAAAGCCCUGCUGGCCCCGCACCAGCUCCACAACCAGCCAAACCUAUAUCCCCAGCAGGCCCCGCGCCUCAGCCUCAACAACCUGUAACUCCUGAACCACAGCCUCAACCACCACCACCAGAAAAACCAGAGAAACCGGCAUCCCUUGCAGGACCCUCAACGCCACCACCGCCGGGAAAACCUGGAAAAGAAAAAUGUCCGCCCGGGACACCAAAAGUUGAGUGUACUCAUACAUUUUCAGCGGGCGUAAAGGUGUCGGUCAAGGCUACCUCAGGUAGCUCAACGAAAUAACAACCCAGCGAACAAAGGGAGAAAAGAGAGUAUAGGUGAUCUACCUAUAAUAUAUGUUGC